AUGGACCGCGUUAUGCCAUCGGCUUUCCCAUCUGGUAAAUCCCUCGACAAUCCGAUUGGUGCGAGGGCGAUGGAACCAGAGCUUGUAUCACCAGCACCGGACCCAAUGGCUGCGCGUGCGCAAACUCUGCCCCACCUCCCCUUCAAACGUAAUAUCUUUGUGGCGGGCGCCAAUAAGAAACCCGGAAAUGCAGCGCCGCAGGUCGGCAAGUAUCGCAGAUGGACCCAAUUCACACCGGAACUAUCUUGGUAA